CUCCGCGUGGCAGCGCUCACACCGGUGCUGCUGGUGGUGGGAGUGUCCGUGUAAGCGCGCAGGCAGGAGCGGUGCUGACAUGUUUUCAUUCUGAACUUAAAGGGUCGAGAGAGCAGGACGCUGACGAGCUGGACACAGGAACGGAGCAGACUCGCGUUUCAUUUUCUGUCACUUUAUUCCACUUCCUUGUUUUUUUUUCUUACCCCCCGGUAUCAUGUCAGCGUGUCGGGCAGCCUGGGUUCUCCUGUGCGUGGUGCUUUUUGCAGAGACUCGUGCCCGCAGGAUUUCACCGGAGCAGGAGGAUGUUCAGGAGAAAGUCAACAGCGCGAGAUGCACGUCAAGGUGCCUCACACUACACAUGACCCAGCUGACUGCUGCCUUCAGACACCUCCAGAGCGACCAAGUCUUGGUUUGGUGUGAAAACCACAGACGCUGCUCACAGUGCCUUCAGCCAUGCAAAGAACUAUGGGAGUCCAAGAAGGUGCUUUCUCCAAAGUCCUGUGAGAAGCAGACAGAGUGUGUGACGAGCAGGGAGUUUCUGACCUCCCUGAGGUUGUCUCGUCAGGGUGACUGCCCUCCGCCUCAGCGAGCCACCGGCUUCGCUGCAGCCUGCGUGGAGAGCUGCUCGUCAGACCAGCAUUGCCCCUCCCCGAGGAAAUGCUGCGCUAACGGCUGUGGACAUACAUGCCAAGCCCCGGCCAAUCUAUAUAAAGGCGUUCCUCUGAAGCCUCGCAGAGAGAUGAGCUUUGUGGAGGACUCGGAGGGUCGUGUGAAGGUGGUUUGGGUGUCAAAGUUCAAUGUCAGCGUGGAGCCGGUUGUUUACAUGCUCCAGUCCCGCUGGAACAUAGGGAUUCAUCCCAGCGAAGAUCAUGCUUCCCCGUGGACCACUAUUGCCACGACCCUCUCUGAACACAUGGUUCUGUCAGAUUUGAGGCCUCAGCGCUGGUACCAGUUCAGAGUAGCAGCCAUCAACAGCCACGGCAGCAGAGGCUUCACCACACCCAGCAGACACCACAUCUCCAGUAAAGACCCCUCUCCUCCAGAACCUCCUAUAAGUAUCCGAGUGAGCAACCAGACUCUGCACUGGGCAGCUUCACAUCCAGGGACCCAGCUCACAGACAGGUCGAGGGGAAGUGGGGUCAAAGUGGCCGCCUUAAUAAGCUGGGACCCCCCCAGAGAGGGAGACCUGCCGGUGCACAACUACAGAGUCACCUGGAUGCCGCGGCACACGCAGACGACGCACAAACACACACAAAAACUGCACACAGACACACACACAGUGCACAAUAACAUGCACACGCGCCUGACACACUCACACACAGCAGAGCAUGAUAAGAAGGAGAGCAACACCAGAGUCACUCAAGGGGUGCAGAGCGAGCUGUGGCUGCAGGGUCUGCUGCCUGCUACUUCCUACAUCCUGUCUGUGCAGACCGUGGCCUACUGGGGUCAGAAGAGGCUGAAGAGUCCCAGAGCACAAAUGAUCUUCACCACAAUCACUCAUGCAGGUGAAGACUUCUCCAAUGAGCUCCCCUCCUCCUCAUCUUCAGCAUCCCUUCCCUCCUCUCCAUCCCUCGCCUCCUCCUCCCCUUCGUCCUCGGACCUUCCUGAAUCCUCCUCUCUGCCUCACCCUGAAUCCCCCCUUAACCCCCUCACCCCUGGGAACCUGCGCCUGGAGGUCGCCGCCCCUCAUUACCAUGAUGACCAGCUGCAGGUCAAGGUGUUUUGGAAGUGGCCCUACAAUGGCAGACAGAGACACCCCGGUCCAUACGUUCUGCGGUGGCAUCCUCAUACCUGCAGCUCUAACACUACAGGCACAGAGAAAACUACAACUGCGCAGGGCACCCAUCACACCAUCACAGGCCUGCUGUUUGCCUGUAAAUACCGGAUCGCUGUAGCCAUGAAGUCAGACCCGGAGUCAGAGGCUGUUGCCUGGGUGACGACCCCAACUUGCUCCUCCGUCAGGGUCAGAGGAGGCAAAGCUUUGCCCUGCAGCACUGAGAAGCGCCCCCUGUCAGGCAGAAAGGUGGUACUGCGUCCAGAACGGCUCACUGCAGACUUCCAGCAGGUCAAUGGCACCCUGCUCAUGACGCUCCGCUGGAGGAUGUCCCAGAAUCCACUGGACCAGGCAGCUGUGGAGGGUUUCCAGUUCACCUGGAUGCUGCAGUCUGGGGUUACAACGGCAACAGAAAGACAGGAAGACAUACUUAUCUCCCAGACGCAGACAAUCGCACCGUCUCAGCGGUCAGUAUCAGUCCCUGCUCUCCGAGCUGAGAGUGUUUACCAGCUGCAGCUGCAGGUUCUAACUGCAGGGGGCAACAAAGGCGCCACUGUCUCCAAGACCAUCCAUACUCCAGCCGUCAGUGCCACACUUUAACAGGCCUGAACCUCACUGGUGCUCCCGUCUGCUGUACCUCGGCCAUCUUUUCCACAAUCCACUUCUGCAAUGUUUUCCAGUUGGGGACACAGUUACAUUGCAGUUCGAGUGCUGCGAAACAGACACUUUCUCACGUUGAACUUCAUCAUUCUCUCACAUGUUGAAUAUUUCCUACUCUGAUGUGUCGCUUCUUUUUAGCUUUAAAGACUUUCCAAACAACAAGAAGGAUGUGAGCUUGCUGUAAUGAAAGACAGCAUUAAUCAUUAACGUCUAUACAUUAACCUACCGUCUGAUCCAAAGCUGAUGACUAAAGUAAAUAUUAGACAUUUUAAAAAGAAACCUGCACAUGCACAUGAUAGUCUUGGUAGUGAAAGGAGCACACUUAGAUAACAUUUCUAAUAUUUUUGUUAAGCUAAACUGCAGCUUUUUCCAUAUAAUGCUAUGGAACAAAAGUUAGUGCAACUGCAAAAAUAAACUGCAAAACAUGCAUGUGACUUUUUGCACAGCUGCAGUUUGUAUGUGUGGUGUUAAAUGGGACUAAUAAGGUCAUUUCUAAUCACUUGACAUCAUCAACAUCACUUGUAAAGACACUUCUCGCACUGACCUUAUGUACAAAUAGAAAUAAAAGCCUUUUUUUGAUAUUUCCCUUUAAACCGAUUGGCUCGGAGUCAUGGUGCUGGAGGCUUGAAGAAUAUCAAAUAUGUUUUAAUGUUCAUAUUUGAUUAUUUUAAAAAAAGAGAAAAAAGUCACCAGGAUCUUUAUGAAUGUGCCCUUUAAUACAUCAUGUGUAGCAUUAACUUGCAUUAGGUACACCCAUUAUACUUAACAAGUAUUUGUGACAUUCUUCUACUGUUAACCUACCCUACUGUAAGCUAUGGUAGAUGUCUUUGGUUAAAGAAGUUGUUAUUGUCAUAAAGUCACAUCAUUACUUUAGGAAGGUUGGAAAACCCCUUGUGUGAAGUAACCACAAAUAAUCAUUGUAAUAUUAAAUGUAUAACUUUUUGAUAUUUUUACUGUUGAUAAUUUUGUACUUAUUUCUUUACAUUUUUGACUGAUAGUUUUAUUUAUUGUUUUUCUUUAUUUUUUUUUUUAUAAAUAAAGAUCACCAUGAU